AUCGACUGGUCAGUUUCUAACAUACGGUUCCGCUUUUUCGGGGAAGAGAUUCAUGCAAAAUUAUAAGUAAACUUAGUUCAUGCGACCAGGAUGAGCAACAACCGGCUUGGUAUGAACCUGGACAUGUCCGAAAUAAUAGAGUUCGUGCUGCCCGCCAAAAGUGAUUACUCGGAAGAUGACAAUAGAGGAGCCGUUGGUUUGGACGCCAACGAAGAUGCCACAUUCGUGGUUUUGGAUGGCCUGGGAAACGAGUUCCUAAUUAUCAACGAAGAAGGUGUGGAUGGCGAAUUGCUGGUGGACGAGGAGCUGCAGGGCCUUUUAGUGGAGUCUCGGGUUAGGGAAACGGUGCUGGACGAACAGGAAGAGCAGUUUGUGGUCACAGAAUUGCAGCUGAGCGAAAUGGAGGAGCUAGUGGAGGAAGAUCAAGAGCAAGAUAACGGCGACUACGAGAACGAACUCAGCUAUGCCCAUCCGUCCGUAUCCGAGGAGCCAGAAGAGGAUUUGGAUAUGGAUCCACCUUCGUCGCCUUCCCUGCCAUCAUCACCACCACCUCCGGCGCCUUCUGUCCAACCCGCUGGCAAAUUAAGAAAUUCUUCUGCCCUCCAAAUCGCUAUACGCAGCUUUGCCAGCAACAACGACGACGAUGGCAGCGUCAAGGAGGUGAAGCCCAGCGAAAAAAUGCUGGAGGAGUUUAAGGGCCCGCGUCGCUACUUGCUUUUCGACGACCUGAUAGCCACAAUAGUGGACUUUGACGAGGACAGCACACCUAUUGUAGAGUUCUCGAUGAUGAGUGAUAUGCUAGAUGAGAAGCUACCGGUGGAAUGUGGUAUUUGUCCGGAUGUGAUGCACAAGACGAAGCUGUCCAAGCACCAGAAGACCCAUUUGGUGCCUGGGACCAACCGCUAUGCCUGCAUAUACUGCACGGAAACGUAUCGCGACUGUAAAUACCUGGCCGGACAUGCACGGCGCCACAUGGGCAUCCGUCCAUAUGUGUGCGAACUGUGCACCCUGUACUUCUCCACCAAACAGGACCUGCGCGUCCACAACCAGCGUCGGCAUCUCGAGAAGGAGCACAUCUGUGAGAUGUGCGGCAAGACAUUCGCCCAGAAUACCCAACUUAAGCGACAUCGCGAGGCAACGCACGAAAAGAAGAGGCGAUUCCAGUGCCAAUAUUGUCAGAAAGCCUACUACAAGAACUUUUCACUGCAAGAACACAUCCGCAAUGUCCACAUGGGCAAGAGAAGAAUGCUGAAAUGUCCAUUCUGUGGUAUGCAGUGUCGGGAUGCCCACAAGAUGGCCCGCCAUCGCAAGGAGAUGCACCUAAGUCAGGGCACUUAUGUGUGUCAUCUGUGCCAAGAGGAGUUCACUGACAUAAACUACUUUGAUGCACACAAGCGGUCUAUCCAGUGCCGUAGCAAUACACGUCGCUUUGUGGGUGUUGGGGAUGGUAAUGGAAACCAAGGUGGAUCCUCUUCUGGUGGCAUGAUGGAUGGCCAGGACGACGAGGACGAAGGCCUACACCUGCUGGAGGAGGAGUAUGACGAGGACGACGGAUUGCUGGUUGAGGAGGGUCAGGCGGAUGAGCAGGCGGCACCUAAUGGUCAUUAUUUGAACGAGGGCGAUCAGCAGUAUGCUCAGAUGUCGGAGUACGAUGACCAACGUCUGCUGGUGGAGAACGUGGUCGCCGAGGAGGAUGAGGAUGUCGAGGAAGAGGAACUGCUCACCGAAGAGCAAUAUUUCAAUGCUGUUCAACAGCAACAGCAGAUCCACCACCAAGUCCAUGGGGAGGACUAUAACGACGAGCUGAUAUAUGAAAUCACCUUGAAGACUGAGGACAAUUAAGGCCCGCUUCCUUGCGCAAAUUUUGUAAAUAAGACCCAAUUAAAUAAUACCAUGUAAACAAUAUA